AUGAAAGUGCGGGUGAGAUCCAUCGAAAGACUAACCCGCAUGGAAGUGGGUCCCAAGGAGACGGUUCCAUGGAUGAACGUAUUAUUUCACUUAUACUUUUUACUUACCGACGCUUAUUAUUUUUCAAAACCUCACAAUCUUCUCAAAGAUUUAACCGAUCAAUCAGCCGUGUCCGUUAAAAAGCUGGAUGACUGCUUUGGAAAAUAUGAAAAAGCUAACAUCUGCUCCUUGCGAUUCUGCCGAACACCAAGAAUCGUAAUAUCCAGUUGGACUUUACCUCACACCAACGAGGAACAUACCGUUGUACUUUCUUCACCGCAAUUUCAAGUCGCUACUGCAAGA